AUGGUCGACAUCGUCCCCCUCUCGUCCUACCCCUCCUACAUCGACCUCCUCCCCUCAAUCCAAACCUGCAACAUAACCAACCUCCCCGAAAACUACUUCCUAAAAUACUACCUGUACCACGCGCUCACAUGGCCGCAACUGAGCUUCGUCGCCGUCGUCCGACCAAAGAACGGCUACAAGUCCUCCACUGCGCCGGGCGGUGGCGGCAUCGCCGGUGAUGUCUCAGGCCAGUAUCCCAAGGUGGUGGGGUAUGUGCUUGCGAAGAUGGAGGAGGAGCCGACGGACGGCGUGCAGCAUGGUCACAUUACCUCACUGAGUGUUAUGCGUACGCAUAGACGGUUGGGUAUUGCGGAGAGGUUGAUGCGGAUGAGUCCUAAUUACCAAGAACGCGCAAUGGCCGAGUCCCACCGCGCCCACUACGUCUCCCUGCACGUCCGCGUCUCCAACACCGCCGCGCUCCGCCUGUACCGCGACACACUGGGUUUCGAAGUCGAGAAGGUCGAGAGCAAGUACUAUGCCGACGGCGAAGAUGCGUACGCCAUGCACCUGAAGCUCCAGGAUCAGUGGAUGGAUUGGAAAGCGGUUGAGAAGCGGGACCGCGAGGAGAAGAACAAGAAUAAGAAGGAUGGCGAGGAUGAUGAGAAUGCCGAUGAGGGCGAUGAGGUUGGCGAGCUUGGGAAGAAGGAGGAGAGUGGGGAGAAGAUGGUUAAGGUUAAAAUGGGUCGUGGUCUUGGUGUGGGUGAUUUGGUUGAAAAGAAUGAGGCUGCGCAGUCAUAA